GGGGCAGGAGCUACCCACUGGACGAAAGGUGGAGUAUGGUCCACCCGGAGCCAGGUGAUAUCAGUUUAAGUCUUCGCCUCUGGAAAGCGCCCGGAUCCAUCAUUGAGCCUUAGAUUCGAAGGGAAUGGAUUACUGACUCGAUAGAGUGAGGGGAGUUGACUAGACUGACUUGAACAAGUUUAGUUCUUUCUUUUCUUUUGAUCUCGGAAUGCUUCGGAUGAGACUUCUCCUUCGACGGAUGAAAGAGCUCAUUCUCUAGUUGGGGAUUCCCCAGUGUCUGCUAAUGCGGAUUCAGCUUCUUCGUAUGUUUAUACCCUUUCAUUCCCAGAAGCGUCCAAGGACCAUUCCAGCUGAAAAGCAAGUCAAUCCUCUCCUCCUUCGCGAAGUGUCUAAAUUACUUUUCCUAUCUCUUUUCUAUAGGGACUGACUGAUGGAAGGGAGAGUAAAUUAACAACCUAUCUACGGGAAAGCCUGUUUUCAUGGCACAGAGAAUCUCUUCCUUUCUCUGAAAAACUUGUAUUACUCUGCAAGUUCAAUCAGAUCCGGCAUAAAUGCGUUCCAGAGUCUUUAGGUGUGGUAUCAUAUGUAUCCCGCUCGUUUAGUUUUUAGUUAAAGUAUUAAGUAUCGUCAAUUCCAUACCACCUUCGCUCGAGAGUGACGAUGUUUAGUGUUAAGUAAUUAGUAAGUAAGCGGUUCUACUUGAUCUCAUGAACUAUAAAAAGUUUAGCCCAGUCUAGUCCAAUCUCAUAUCCGGAGUUCCUAGCCUUUGAGAACUAGGUUUUUCUCUUUCAUUGGUUCUGGAACCUUCGACUUGUGGUUCCACUCUUACUCUUGCAAAAGUUGGAGAAUCCACUGCUAGGGGAAUGCGCGGGGAAAGAGCGAAGCCACUUUACCGACUGAAAGGUACAUAGUUGCUUGACCGAUAGCGAGAGGAACAGACUGACUAGCUCGGAGAUAAACGUAUUGGAAUCGUCCAAAUCAUCUGCCUUGAGAAAUGAAAGAGAGGUCCUAAUACAUUUAUUAAGAAAUAAGUGAGCGUAGACCCUUUCUUUUCUUCUAGAAAGGGAGUUCUGCAACGAAGAAAGGAGAGGAUUUUACAACUACGCUAUUCAAGAGCAGGGAAGGACUAGCUUCCAGUAAAAGGUGCCGGAUAGGUAGGGAACAUUCCUUUCCUUGCAUUGGGGGGAGAGGCCUAUCUGCAGUUGUCGACUCUUCACUUCACAGCGUAUCAUAUUACUAAAAAGCACUCAAAUACGUUGUAUGUAAGGGCGAGAGGGUAUCAAGGAGACAACCACUGUUUACUAGCAAACAUUGAAAGCAGAUACCCGAAUGACUCUUUGAACUGAACGACGUAAUAAAGGAACUAGCGGCCAUCAAAACUGAACGAGAUGAGGAUCAAAUAAAAUCGACCUAACUGUGAUAAGCAAGGUGGUUCAUUUGACCAUAAAUGCUGAAAGAGAACAGAUGAAAGUUCGCCCAAUGGAAGCGAGUGACUCAAGGUAUGCCAUCGCUCUUAUCUCUUGACCUGAGACUAGAUUGGGGGGAGUUCAGUGAGCGAGGAGAAGACUCGGUAGCUGUUAAAAGAAUCAAUUCAAUCAGCUCCAGAGCUAGGAGUUCUAUGUCUCGGUUGAGGAGAGGCCUUAAUCUUAGCUGCUACCCUACUUAUCCCAGCUCUAAAGGCCGCUACUUACUCGAUAGCUCACAAGUUGAGUCGAGUGUGAUUCUUCUUGUUCCGCUGUGAAUGGUAUCGUUAUCGUAUAAAGUGGUUAUCCCAGCUUCCGUACCUUCUUCUUAGGAUUCGGCUUUCACUAGACUCACUACUCUAAGUGAAGGAACCUGAGAGGAAGGGAUGAAUCCGAUCUUGGAAGGCUUGAGGGAAUAAGCGAUGCCAUCGAUUUAGCUGUUGGAGUACGGGCAUUAGUAGCAUAACUAGAGCGAAGGCCAUGGCAUUAGAUUAGGGGAAUGUUCUUUUAACGAAUCCUAAGAAGAAGCUGCAAUUGGAAUGCUUUCAAUGGCCAGAAGGAGUGAAAGCCCCUGUUAUAUGAUUUAAGGUUAGGAGUUUCAUUGUUAGCAAGAUCCCCAGCUAUAGAAUCUGUUGUCGUCAACGUACUUCUUUCUGUUUCUCCCGAGAUGGGAAUAAUAGCGUUAUCUAAUAAAGGAAGAGCCUACUUUCGUACUCAAGGGUUGAGACUGUCCUUCUUAUGAAUAGGUAGUCUCAGUACGCUAAGGAAGCUUGGUCUGCUUAGGGCGUAAAGCAGAAGACUUUGCUCUAGCUCAAGCCUCCCCCGAUAGGGAUAGGUACGAAGUUGCUGUACCGAUAGGUGCUGCUGGAGAAGGAAAGAAAGAGAAAGAUUACCGGUUGAUCAAGUAACUUCCUACCUCUACUUAUAGAAAAGAAAAGCAGAGACAGACAAGAAGAUGCUGAUCUCUUUUAUUACGCUAUUUCAAUUCAAGUGUCCAGUUGUUGUGCUUAGAAUCGAUUCUUUCUUCUUCAUUCAAUAGGGAUCAAACUAUCUCUUAAACUACCCGGUGACCGGCUUAGGCUUUGAUUGAAGUUCCCAGCGUAAAUAGAAAGGAGGAGAUCCCACCACCCAUUUCUGGGCGAGUUUUCCAUCAAGCAUUCAGGUACCACAACUGUCCUAUUGAUAAACAAGACAGCGGCGAUACCGGUCGUGCCGACAGUAAGUACUCCACUACUCAUUGGCGCCCUUUAGUUUAGAUAGAUAGGCCAUAAGUCUGAUGUCUAACGGUACAUUGAGGUGUGUCAUCCGGGGUAACCCCAGGAAAGACAAGACCUCUCCAUGCUCGAGGUACGUGUAGUCGCUCGAGCGAAGUGAGAGGAUUGAAGACGCUCGCCCGAUAGGGUCUUUAGACUUAGAGCGAUAGCGAUAGGGGGAGAACUUCAUGCCUUUCCUUCCUCGGCCUUAGGUAUGAGUCACUCAGGCAAGGCCCAUUUCAAAUGAAUUGGCAAGUAGCUAUUAAUAGAUAGCCCUAUUCUCAGGGUUUACAUUUUUUAGAGGAUAUAGAGUGGAAGUCUUUCUCUAUCCUACGCUAUUCCCUGCGGUUGGAGUUGUAGUUGGAGAGUAGGUAAUACGUUACAGAUGAAUCUCUAUCCCUUUCUUCUGCCUUAGAUUUCGAAGGCCUUGCUUCUGUCUGUAAUUCCUUUAGUAGGUCGAUACGCGCCAAUAGGUAGGGUUCAGACGUCCAUACGAUCGAAUGCAGUUCCUGUCAGUGAAAAAAGGGGGCUUGAAAGCGGAGUGGUUAUAGGUAUUCGAUGGCGGUUUCUUCCUUAUCCUUUCUAGCCAGUGACAUUCCUUCUACAACAAGCGAUCCAGUUCCAGUCUAUUCAUUUCCAGUUGGAGUAGCUUCUCGCUUCUCGUGGCCCUUUCCUUUUCAUGUGUAGCCUAGUCUCUGUGCGUGGAUAUCUUUUACUAUGAAAAGAGCGCAUUCGAGGCAUGAAUCCUCUUCAACUUCAAGGGGAAAUAUCCCGGUAAGGUAUUGAGAAGGGAUCGCCUUCUCUUACUGAACCACGGAAUAGCGCGGGAAGUGCAGCUUUGCGUAUAAGUACGUGGAUGUUAUCGGGCAGUCGGGUAGGGAGGAUCUUACGUUGAUACAGGCAACCGGCCGACAACGCCCCGCGCAAGGCGUUGGGCAACUUAGGGUUUACUUCAACAUCUCGAUCAGUUCUAUACCGGGACUGACAAUACACACCAUUGAGAUCACCCAGGAUUUGAACCUGAGUACUUCCCUGAUGAGAGUAGAUUCCAUCAGUUCUCCCCAAAAAAGAAAUAAGUAUAUUGAAGUAUAUAUAAGGCACCCAAUCGAACGUAUUCUCGGGAGACCGCUUUAGAAAGGCUUUUGACAGGCUGCUAAAAUAAAUGCCUUUUUCGAUGAUUAUGGAGUUGGAGAUUCCUGUUCAAUCGUUACCUCGUUUCAUAGCCUAUAUCUCCGCUUUCACUGGUUUUCCUCUGCGCAUAAAGCUGUUGGUCUUGCUGUGGCUAGCUUGUUUGGUGUAUAUGGCUAGUAAGUUUCUUAUCUCGCCCACUGGUUUGUAACGACAGCGAAAGCUUAAGCUCUUUUAUGGGGCAUUGGGAUUGCCCUUUCGCAAAAAUACCACUUAGAAAGAGCAGAUGUUGCGCUCUGAUAUUACGUCCCAUGCGAAUCUAUUAGAUGAGAGCGAAAACCAAAAAGAACAGCAUUCAAUAUCAAUCAAUUUCAAGUCGUAAAUAUAUAUCAAUAUAACUACAGGAUGGAGGUCCUUUUUUUUGGCAGCAACUAUUCCGUACCGACUAACAAUGUCAAAAAAUACUAAUACACAGCAGCCAGCUCAUCAACGUAAUUGAAAGAAAGGAUUUCGGUUGAAAGUCUUAUUUGUUCUGCUAAACAAACGAGCCUAAACGGGUUUCCGUCGGCGGAGGACAGCUAGGCAAGCUCUAGCGGGAGAAACAAGGGCGUGGUGUGGAUGGGAUGGAACCGAGACGCAUUCGAGACAGGGUAAAACGAGGCCUGACAGGCCAUAACCCAGAUAGAUCCAAGAUUCUUACUAGCGGGAUGAAUGACUGGUUUGCUAUGAGACCCAUCGACCUUGGGAGUGAAUAGAAAGAAAGGAUUGUCGGUUAGAUUCAAGGUAUGCCAGUUGAUUGAUUCUACUCCACUUUCCAGAUUGGCUGAGUGUUACAUCUAUCAUUGGUGUCUCUUUUUUUCUAUUAUUAUAUAUAUAAGAGAAAGUCACUAUAGUGAGUGGUCUGCCCCUGUAACUAACAAUAAAAUAAGAGAAGAAAGCUGUUAACGUAGGUCGGAUCAACGCGGCGAUAAAUGCUAUCCGACUUUCAUGAUCGAAUCGAUUCCACUUUUCACUUUGUCGAGAUUGGCUUGGUCUUCAGUGUCAAAAAGUGAAGGUUCAAGUACAAGAUCGAAAAGAAUGCAUUGCAUGAACAUUGAGAUGCCCAAGAGAAAAAGAAGGAGGGAAAGCGUCGUUUAGUUAGGAACGAAGAUAGUUGACCGGUAUAGAGAGGGUUUUAGCGGGUAGAGGACCGAUAGGGCAGAGAAGUCGUCUGGUUAUCAAAAUUAUGUAUAGAAAGAAGAUUCGUCUUGCUGAGCGCGGUAAAUGCUUUUGACUUUUCCUCAAGUUGUUCUCUAUCCGCUAGCACGCAGACAAUAAUAGGACAAAUCAAUAUAUGGCAAAGUGUGCAGCGAAGGUCAAGAUACAAUAGUGAGAACAUUUUUCAUAGUGCGUAGGUGGGCUCAUUCCGAAUUUCUGCAUACCUUUCCUUUGUGCCGCCUUUUUUCCCAUCCCAUUCUUGACUUCUGUUGGUCAACAACCAACCACAACAAACAAUCAAAACACUAGUCCUACUCCAUCAGCUACAGGCUUUUCGGAGUGUCUGGAGGGAAUUUGGAUUUCUCAUCACUAUGUUUCCACUCCAUUUUCAUUACGAAGAUGUAUCACGUCAGGAUCCGUUGCUCAAACUGAAUCACGCCAACGUUAUGGAAGUUCCUGGAUCGUGUGAAAUAAGAGUAGUACCAAAGGCACCCUAUGAUUUCAUAAUCAAAAAUGGAAAAUUGGCUAUGGAGAUUCCGCGCGGUCAGAAAUUCAUACAGACACAAAGGGGUUCGACAGGAAAGUCGUUUCGAUCCAAUCCAUUCUUGGGGUCAAAUAAAGAAAAAGGAUAUGUCAGUGACCUAGCACGACAAAGCACUCUCCGAGGGCAUGGAAUGUCUAAUUUUUCGGUAAGAAUCUCGACAGUAAUGUCUCUGUUAGAUUCUCCGGUCGAAAUACGGGAAAACUCCAUUCAAUUCUCGAUGGAAACGGAGUUUUGCGAAUUCUCCCCGGAACUGGAAGAUCAUUUCGAGAUCUUCGAACAUAUUCGAGGGUUCAAUGUGACUAUUGUAACUUCGGCCAACACACAAGAUGAGACUUUACCACCGUGGAGCGGCUUUUUGCAAAAAGAUGAGGGAGAAACUAAGCUAAGUCAGAGAUGUCGGAGAAGCGAAAUAUACGAGAUAACAAACGCAGAUUGCUCGCGGCUAAAUAUGAAUUGAGACGAAAGCUUUAUAAAGCCUUUUGUAAAGAUUCCGAUCUUCCUAGUGAUAUGCGGGACAAACUUCGUUAUAAGUUGUCCAAGUUGCCAAGAAAUAGUUCCUUUGCACGAGUAAGAAACCGAUGUAUUUCCACGGGUCGCCCUCGUUCC